ACCACCGGCAGUCUGUCCAUGCCGCUGCAAGGUAAAUGGAAACGAGUGCACAGAACUCUGCCCUGGUUUAUAUAAUGACAGUGCUGAGGGGAAGGGUUUUAUUAAGGCAAAACUGGAUAGCUGACCAGCCAAGGGAACAUAUCACUGGAUGUACAAGUCCUCUGUCUACUUUAAAUAUAUCGUUUUUUUGCAAAUAUGUGACACUUCACAUAUUACUUCACAACAUUUGUACUAGUUAAUGUUUCAUUUUUCCAAUUGAGAGUAACAAUAGCAGAGUGAAGAUGGGUGACUGGAACUUUCUUGGGGGGGUUUUGGAGGAGGUGCAUAUCCAUUCCACUAUGGUAGGCAAGAUCUGGCUCACCAUCCUGUUCAUCUUCCGUAUGCUGGUCCUCGGGGUGGCAGCUGAGGAUGUGUGGAACGACGAGCAAGCUGACUUCAUAUGCAACACUGAGCAGCCUGGGUGCAGAAAUGUGUGCUACGACCAUGCUUUCCCAAUCUCCCUCAUCCGCUACUGGGUGCUGCAGGUCAUUUUUGUGUCUUCUCCUUCGCUGGUUUACAUGGGCCACGCCCUCUACAGGCUGCGGACAAUGGAGAAGGCACGGCAGAAGAAGAAGGUGCUGCUAAGGAGAGAGCUGGAGUUGGUCGAUGUGGAGUUGGCAGAAGCAAGGAAGAGGAUUGAGCGGGAAAUGAAACAGCUGGAUCAGGGGAAGCUUAACAAAGCUCCUUUGAGGGGAUCUUUGCUGUGUACCUAUGUUGCUCACGUUGUCACUCGCUCGGUUGUGGAGGUGGCCUUCAUGACAGGACAGUACCUCCUUUAUGGCUUUUACCUCUACCCGCUCUUUAAGUGUGAGCGGGACCCUUGUCCCAACGCUGUGGACUGUUAUGUUUCCAGACCAACAGAGAAAAGUGUCUUCAUGGUGUUCAUGCAGUGCAUUGCUGCAAUUUCCCUAUUCCUAAACAUCUUGGAGAUCAUCCAUCUGAGUUACAAAAGGAUUAAAAGGGGCAUCUUGGACUUCUACCCUCACUUGAGAGACAAGAGAGAUGAACUUGAUGACUACUAUGCCAACAAGUGUAAAAAAGAAUCUGUUGUGCAAAUGUGCUCCAAUUUACCCCAAAAGGCAACGAUUGCCUCUGCACCCAGUGACUACAACUUCAUGAUGGAGAGGAUACAGGGCACAAUUUUGUACCCAAACCUAAUCAAACCUUCAACUUGUCUACCUCUUCAGGGCGAGCUGGCCACGCCACACAAUUUUGGUGAUUCCAGAUGUUCAGCUCAAAGCCCUCCACAUUGUGACUUCCACUUGACUACCAACGAGCCCUGCUCGCCGUGCUGCAACUUCCUGAUUUAUCCAAAACUUGAGGCUGAGGACUUUUUGCAUCUUCGCCCACACAGUAAAGAGGAUAGUGGCUGUGAAAGAGGGAGACCAGACUUUUCAAAAUGCCCACAGAAGGCAGCUGACACUUCCACACUGCCAGGUAGUGCAUCAAGGAGGCCGUGGAGGGCUCACGGUUCUUUUAAUUGCUCUACAGUGUCGGAGGGUAAAAGCUCUGAGGCAGACUCCUAUGAGGGUGCAAAAGCCGGCAGUGGAACUUCCUCCACUCGAACACACCCAAAAUCAGAUGCCAAACAUCAAAGCCGGCCCUCCACCCCAGAGUCAGUGGAUGACUCCAGCUCAGGAUCCAGGCACAACCCCAGACCAUCUUCCUCCAGCUGCCAAACAUCAGUGGCAAGUAAUGCAAGCAAAAAAACAGCAGACCUGCAAAUCUAAACUGUGAAUGCACCUUUUCCUUACAGCAGUAGGUGCAACAACAGGCUUAUCGAUUCAACUGCCAUAUGUGCAUUAAGAAUUUAACACACUAUAAGCUGCCUGGUGAGAGUUUACUCAUAUUUUGGUUUGUGUUUUUGUUCUAAAUGUUUAACAAUUCAUGCUAAAUAAAGUAGCAUGCUUUAACCUUAACCCGUUGCAGUUCAACCAAUGGAAUAGACAUUUAAAUUGCUUUUGGUGAUGUACUGUAUUUAAAUAAGAAAUACAAGACUUUGGAUUACAGGAUAUUUGUUCCAACCUGUUUUUUUUAUUGUGGCUUCCUGCAUGUAUUGCUACCCAAUUAACAUGACAACCAAAAUAACCAUGCAUCUUUUUGGGAUAAUACAAGGCAACAAAUAGAUUAGACAUCUUAAGUGGUGUUUUUCAUUGUAGUGUGACAUAACAUUGUAAAAGUUCCCAUUAUCAUUUCACUAUAUAGUGAAAUGUUAGUACUUUCUGGCUACUGCACUUGCUCUUUAGGCUGGCAACUUCCAUUUUCUCAGUACAUAUUUACUUUUCAUAACAGCAACACUUUGAUAAGUAACAUAGUUGGUACGCUUUUAAAAAUGUAACAGCAUCAAAGAUACAUUUUUUACCAUAAAGUCAUACUAAAUAUUUUUAAGAUUAAUCUGAUUUUGUCUGAAGUUCACAGUUCAGUUUCCUCUCUAUAAGUUUUACAGCAUUAGUAGGGGGAUUUAGUCAACACUCAGCCAUUACCUGAGCAUAUCAAUAAGCAGCUAACACAACAGCACUGACCUCACCAACAAGAAUAUUGUUUGAUCACUAUCCUGCUUCAUAGUUUUCACUCAUAAAUUAUUAAAUCUGAUUAUACCAGAUGUGCU